GGAACCCGUAUGUGUGGGAUGAGUCCGCAAAGGACAUCAAGUCGUCGGUCGUGGACAUCGAGCUGAAGCAAGCCGGGAGAGGAACCCUCAAAGUCAAGGACCUGUCGGAGGACAUCACUGUGGUGUUGAAGAACGCCCCUGACAUGUUCCCCGCCCCCCGCCUGGUGAAGUACUCCCCGUUCCCUAACGACACCAUGGUGUUCCGGACCUUCAGCGCCAGGAGGAACCAGACGUACGGCGUGUUGGUCAGCCUGGUGGCCCCCUACCCGGCCGCCCUCGUGUACGGCAAGCUGGGAGGCUUCCCCAACCAGACGGACUACGACUUUAAGAAGGAGUUCAGCUGGGAUGACUUCAUCGCUAAGACUGUUCCGCCCGACGGCGACGUCCACGUCACCUACACGGUACUGCAGCCGGACACGGCAGGGGACAACGGGACUGAGGAGUACACCAUCGGGCUGCAGGUGGACGGCUGUCCACCAGAGGGAUGCCCCUACUCGGUGGACAUCACGCGGCUGGACUGCGUGUUCUGGGACCCCGGGAUAGACGCAGAGCUGGGCUCAUGGAAAAGAGACGGCUGUCGGGUGAGCCCCGCCUCCACUCUGGCCCACACCGUCUGCCUGUGUGACCACCUGACGGGGUUCGGCACCUCCGGCGGGACCGAACCCAACAGGAUCAACUUCAAGACCGUCUUCUCCAAGUUCAAGGACUUGGUCAACAACUACGCCGUGUGGACCACCAUGGUGGUGGUGAUGGGGAUGUACUUCGUCCUGAUCUAUCCCGCUCGCAGGAAGGACAAGGCAGACGAGCAGAAGUGGAGUAUCAGGAACGCGCACGGCAACCGCCGCCGCCACCGCAGCCGGUUCCUGGUGCGGGUGGACACCGGGCACGACUGGGGAGCCGGGACGCGGUCCACGGUCGGCUUCGUCCUGACAGGAGAGAAGGGCAGCACGGGCCCGAGGUCGUUUCAGCAGGACGACAUGACCUUCCAGACGGGAGGCGUGAACACGUUCCUGCUGACGACCCCGCAGAAGCUGGGCGGUCUGACCAGCCUGACGGUGUGGCACGACAACUCGGGGGAGGGGCGCCACGCCUCCUGGCUCCUGGAGAGGGUGGAGGUCACAGACCUAAGGACUAACAAAAAGACCCAGUUCGUGUGUAACGCCUGGCUGGGGGUGGAGCACGGAGACGGCUGUCUCAAGCGGACCCUGCCCCCCACAGCGGAGUCGGACGUGCCCCUGGGGCAGCGCUUCAGCCUCAAGCUCAGGGAGAAGUUCAAGGACGGGCACGUCUGGCUCUCCGUGGUGACGUCACGUCCCAAGAGCUACUUCUCCCGCGUGCAGCGGCUGUCGUGCUGCGUUUGCCUCCUGUUCUGUAAGAUGAUUACCAGCGCCAUGUGGUUCAGGGGGUCCGGGCAGGGGGCAUCCAGCGUCGUGCUCACCAUCGGAUCCGUCCAGUUGACUGCGGAGAUGCUGUUGGUGAGCCUCUGGACCACGCUCCAGACGUUCCCCAUCAACUUCAUCAUCGUGCAGAUUUUCCGCCGAUGCCGCCCAAAGGGCGUGCCGAAGUCUUCCGGCCUGCAGCUGCCCUACUGGUCCGUGUACGUGGGCUGGGCGCUGCUGGCCCUGACCACCCUGGCCUCCGGGUUCUUCCUGCUGCUGUACAGCAUGGAGUGGGGCAGGGACAAGUCCAUCCAGUGGCUCACGGCGUUCGGGCUGUCGUUCCUACAGUCCAUGGUGGUGGUCCAACCAGCAGAGCCGCUGGCCGCCUGGUCAGAGCUGCAGGAGACAGAGCAGCUGAAGCAGCAGCGCGCCGAGAGGAAGAACUGGCUGCAGCUCACCAACAACGCCAGGCAGUGCAUUCUGGGUAUCAUCAUCAUCAGUGCUGCCGUCCUGAUGGUCCAUGAGGUGUGGAGUCCUUCCGCUCCUGCCAUCAAUCAACGGCUCAAAGCUGGGUUCUCCAACGGCUCCGACUUGGUGAAGACCCAGAAGGAUGUGCUGCCCUGGCUUGAAGGUGCCUUCGCGCGUCAACUGUACCCCACACAGCAGUACAACGGCGACGCGCUGGACUGGAGGGACAGUGUGUUCAUCAGCGACAUGCCUGCCUACCGCGUGGGACCGGUCCGCCUCGGGCAGAUCAGGGCUCAAGCAGGCCAGUGCGACGUUCCACUGCCGGCUCUCCACUCCAACAAGCCGUGCGUGAUGCCGCACGUCAGCGGGACAGCAGGCGAGGCAGCCGCGUCCUUCCCGGAGUCUUCGCCCGCCACAUUCACUCACGUUCUCCGCGGGACGAUGGGCUCGUACGGCGGACCCGGCCACCGCGUCAGCCUCGGCGAGACGCGAGCAGAAAUGAUGGAAACGCUGAGGAUCCUGAAGGCAAACCGGUGGAUCGACCAGUACACGGCCGCUCUCGUUCUGGACCUGACCCUGUACCACGUCAACGCCAACCUGUUCAGCACGGUGUCCGUGCUUUUUGAGUUCCCCCCGUCAGCGGGGGCGAUCGCGACCCUCAAAGUGUCCACAUUCCCGCUGACCGCGCAGGGCAUGGCCCCCACCCUCCUUUUCGUGGCCAAGGCAGUGUUCGUCGCCUGCCUCCUGUACGUCACCAUCCGGCUGGUGAGGAACGCGCGUCAGGAAGGAAGGUCCUUCCUCCUCCAGGUCUGGACCGGCGUGGAAGUCGCGUCGGUCGCGACGUCACUCUACGUCAUCGGGGCGAUGGCGUCGAAGGACGCGUUCGCGGGCAAAGCGAAGUCGCUCAUCAGCCAAGAACUGCAGAAGGACCAACGCAGUUUCGUGGACCUGACCGAUGUGGCCUUCUGGAGUGACCAGUUCACCGCCGCCGUCGCCUUGGUGAUCUGGCUGAACCUGGUGCAACUCUGCAGCCUGCUGAGGGUCAGCGCCCGGGUUCGCACGUACCUCGAUACCCUCAUCAACAUCCGCCUGCAGCUGCUGGGCAGCCUGGCCAUCUUUAUCCUGGCCGUCCUGGGCUUCAGUAUGUCAGGCUACCUGCUGUUCUGCCCGUACGUGGAGACCUUCCGGUCCCUGUCCGCCGCCACAGUCGGCCUGACGUUCCUGCCGUGGGGACAGGUCAGCUAUGCCGUGCUCGCCACGCCGAGCGAGUUGGUGGGGCCGCUGUUCCUCUUCGCGUCCGGCUUCACGAUCCUGUACCUGCUGCUCAGCCUCACGGCGGGCGUGUUCGUCAGCGCGACCUCCGCCAUGAUGGGGGAGAAGGGGCGGGGCAAGGUGGCGGCGGCACGGCAGCGGAAGGACAGGCUCGCCAAGGCCGCUCGCGAGGCCAGGGCCGCCGCGCCGCCAGCGCGUAACACUCGGCACUACUGCAACUGCGAUGAGAGGAACGAGUGUUUCGGUCAGACCCAUACAGCCGAGACACAGGUCUAGAUCAGACUGGAGUCAAAAACACUUGUGAUGAACCCACAUUGUACGGCUGUACAAUAGUACUGUUCACAUUUAAUAG